AUGAAGAUUCCUGAACCAGGUGUAAACUUGGGAAUGGUAUUAACCGCCCCUGCCCCUUUCCCUGUUGUGAAGGCCGCCCCUGUCCCUGUCCCCGUUGUGAAGGCCGCCCCUUCCCUUACCGUCGUUGAAGCUGCCCCUGUAGCUGUGGCCCCUGUUGCCCCGCUGGUCAAGAGUGCAGCCAUUGUGGCUCCUGCUGCCCCUGUGGCAGUCGCCCCUGUGGUCAAGAGCGCUGUCCCCGUCACUGUGGUGGCAGCGCCUCGAGCCCCUCAUUGGCCCCUGAACCCCGCCCAAGCCCUCCCUCAGCAUGACGUUAUAUCACUUCCACUUCGCUUCCGUGAUCUAGACAAGUCCCCGUUUCAUUAUCCAUCUGUGAUCUACGUUAUAGCACUUCCGGUGGCGAGAUCCGUGAAGUACUUUGUGAAUCGUUGUGAAAAUUGUGAAGAUCAGGGUAUGCUAGCGACUGCACGAAGUUCCACCUUGCAGAAGUAA